CACUCUCUCUCCCUCUCGAGUUCGAAUCUCGAUAGCUGAUUCUUGCUGGGUGGUUUGUGCUUAAUUAAGGGCUUGUCUAAACUUUUGAGAAUUCUAUUGUAAUGCAGCUACAAGGUACGAUUCCUUCUGCCAAUUGGAGAUAUCAUGAAAUGCGAAGGCCUGUAGGCUUCCUACCAGCAACAUUGUUCUCCAUUGCCAAAAGCAUAAAGAGCAGUACCAAGAGUGGAAGAAACAGCUGCCCUACUCUCAUGGCCACCAUUUCUACUGUAUCGACGGAGAAGGAGGGUGUUAUAAACUCAGACGCACAAUCCCGGAAGACCCAAAUACCCGUGCAGGUUGCAGAACGCCUUGAGAAAUUCAAGACCACAAUCUUCACACAAAUGAGCAUGCUUGCCAUCAAACAUGGAGCUAUAAAUCUUGGCCAAGGCUUCCCCAAUUUUGAUGGCCCUGAAUUUGUGAAAGAGGCAGCCAUUCAGGCUAUUAGAGAGGGAAAAAACCAAUAUGCCCGAGGAUAUGGUGUUCCUGACCUCAACUCUGCUGUAGCAGCCAGGUUCCAGAAAGACACUGGACUAGUGGUAGAUCCAGAAAAGGAAGUUACUGUUACCUCUGGGUGUACUGAAGCAAUUGCUGCCACCAUGUUAGGUUUGAUAAAUCCUGGUGAUGAAGUUAUCCUCUUUGCUCCAUUUUAUGAUUCUUAUGAAGCCACCCUCUCAAUGGCUGGAGCUAAAAUAAAAGCAAUCACUCUUCAACCUCCAGACUUCUCAGUUCCAAUUAACGAGCUGAAGGCUGCUAUCUCAAAGGACACUCGUGCAAUACUGAUAAAUACUCCCCAUAAUCCAACAGGAAAGAUGUUCACUAGAGAGGAGCUCAAUGUGAUUGCAUCUCUCUGCAUUGAGAAUGAUGUGUUAGUCUUUACUGAUGAAGUUUAUGACAAGUUGGCAUUUGAAGCUGAUCAUAUUUCUAUGGCUUCACUUCCUGGCAUGUAUGAGAGGACUGUCACUAUGAAUUCUUUGGGAAAAACUUUCUCAUUAACAGGGUGGAAGAUUGGAUGGGCAAUAGCUCCACCACAUCUGACAUGGGGAGUGAGGCAGGCCCACUCUUUCCUCACCUUUUCCACCUCAAAUCCGAUGCAGUAUGCAGCUGCUGCAGCUCUCCGUGCUCCUGAUUCAUACUAUGAGGAACUAAAAAGGGAUUAUAUGGCAAAGAAGGCAAUUUUGGUGGAAGGACUCAAGGCUGUUGGUUUUAAGGUAUUUCCAUCAAGUGGUACCUACUUUGUGGUGGUAGAUCAUACUCCAUUUGGAUUGGAAAAUGAUAUUGCUUUCUGUGAGUAUCUGAUUAAGGAGGUGGGCGUGGUAGCAAUCCCAACUAGCGUCUUCUAUCUUAACCCAGAAGAAGGAAAGAAUCUGGUAAGGUUCACAUUCUGCAAAGAUGAGGACACUCUGAAGGGUGCAGUUGAAAGAAUGAAAGAGAAGCUGAGAGCAAGAUGAUCAUGUGAUUCUAUUUUAGUUAUUUAGGUUCAGCUACGUUGAAACCAAAGGAAUGUAUGUAUGUUCCAUUAUUAGAUUAUUGGGUUGAAGAAACCUUGUUAUCAAUAACAGGUUGGAGGCAUCUAUUUCUAAUAAGCUAUCUUGAAUGAUAUAGACUUGUUAGGUGGGGUUGAUGACAAAUUUCGCAUAA